ACCCUCCCGGGGACGUGGACCAGCGUGGAUUGUUUGUGAAUAGCCAAAGCGAAGUUUCCUAGGUCCUGCGUCAGCAGAGAGGACUUGCCAUACCGAAGUUCCUUUAAUUUGUAACCAAUUGGAGAUCUGAGUGAGAAAAUCAAGAAGAAGAAAAAAAACGAGACUGAGAAGAGUGCGCGAAAACUGCGUUGACCUUCACGAUGUGGGUCCUUAGCACCAGGAACCUACUCUGUACCUUUGUGAUAUCGUUAGUGCUGUGUCAAAGUGUUUUCGCAGCAUCCUGCAAACAAGGCUGCCCGAACCCCAACAAAUCGUCCAAGUACAAGCUCCAACCGGGCAAUGUCUACAGCUACGAUUUGGACAGUUUUGUGCAGAUACAGUUAACCGCGGAGGAAGUCGAUGCCCAACAGACCACACUGAAGAUUGACGGUAAGGUAGAGAUCUACGCUGCCGAUAACUGCCAGUACACGUUAAAAGUGCUGUCACUGACGACCUACGCACCGGACGGUCGGAAAUCGCAGUUCAGUUCCGAUAUUACCAAACCCGUUCUGUUCACACUGUCCAACGAUGAACUGCUGCCGGAGUUGUGUGCCGAGCAAAGCGAUUCGGACUUUUCGUUGAACGUUAAGCGCGGUAUUAUUUCUCUGCUGCAAUCCGCCGAACACAAAUCGUUCGAAACCGAUGUUUUCGGUGUGUGCCAAACUACGUUUUCGAAUUUCGUUACCGGCGGUGCCACCGUCAUCAACAAGGUUCGUGAUCUCGCAGGAUGUAGCUACCGGGAGACUCUGAGUAAUACGAUAGUGACCGGCGUCAUUAACAGCAAGGCGGGUAUUAAGGCAACACCCUUGCUGAACGCCAACUAUAACAGCCAACAGUCGUUCAAGAACGGUAUUCUGGAAUCGGUGAAGCUAAGCGAGGAGUACAAAUAUGUACCAUUCGCCAAGCUUAACUCGGGAGCCGUGGCCAAAGUCACCACCAAGUUUACAUACACGGGUACGAAGGCUGGAAGUGCACCUGCUCUAACUGCCGAGAUUCCGCGCUCGGUGAUCUUUGAGAAUCCACAACACGACGCUCAGGGCAACCUGGAAACCAUCAAGCAGGAACUGAAGACCGUUGUAGACUCGUACGACAGCAACCACAACGUCGGCAAACCUACGGCCAGCCAUUUCACUGAGCUGAUUCAUUUGUUGCGAUUCUCCAAGAAGGAUGAUUUGCUGUCACUUUACCAGCAGGUGAAAGCCGGAACCGCGCACCGCAAUAAGUCCUUGGCUCGCAAAGUCUAUUUUGAUGCACUGUUCCGCGUUGGAACGGGAGCGGCCGUUGAAGCGUUGGCCAAUCUGUACAAAAACAAAGAAAUAACGGAUGGUCAGGAGCAGAAACUGAUGUUUGUUUCGUUGAACCUUGUCACGUCGAUGAGUAAACCAGCUUUGAAAGCAGCCAAACUGUUGCUCGAUGGUAAUCCCCCUCGUGAGGCCUACCUGAGCGUUGGAACGCUGGUAAACAAGUACUGCCAGAAAUAUGGCUGUGAAUCUGCCGAUGUCAAGGAAAUCUCCGACAAAUUCGCUGUGAAACUGGGCAAGUGUCAACCGAAGAACCGUGCCGAGGAGGACAUCAUUGUGGCCGUGUUGAAGGGAGUGAAAAAUACCAACAGCUUGGCAUCGCCGCUGCUCGAAAAAGUCAUCCAGUGUACCUCCGAGAAGUCAUCUUCCCGUGUUCGGGUUGCCGCAUUCCAAGCAUACCCGGCCGCUUCCUGUGCCAAGAAAGUUGUCAAUUCUGCCCUUGACUUCCUGAAAAAUGCCAACGAAGAUUCCGAAAUUCGCAUUCAAGCAUAUCUGUCUCUGGUGGAAUGCCCGUCUGCUGCCGUGGCUAACGAGAUCAAGGCUCUGCUGGAUGGUGAGAAGGUUUACCAGGUGGGAUCCUUUAUUACCACCCAUCUGGCAAGUCUCCGAUCUUCGGUUGACAUCACGCGAGAUGCAGCCCGUCAACACUUUGCCAACAUCCGUACUACUAAUAAGUUCCCGUUCGACUUCCGCCGGUACUCGUUCAACCGCGAGUUCUCGUACGCCGUGGAAUCCCUGGGGUUAAGUGCCAGUGCCGACACCAGUGUGAUCUUUUCACAGAAAAGUUUCCUACCCAAAUCGGUGACGUUCAACGUCAGCUCGGAAGUUUUCGGAAAUAACUUCAAUGUUUUCGAGAUCGACGGACGACAGGACAAUCUGGACCGCGUUGUGGAGCACUACUUUGGCCCGAAAGGAUUCUUCCGGGGAAUGGACCUACAGACGGCUUACAACACACUGGUAGAGCAGUACGGAAAACUUUCACAGAAGGCACAGAGUCGAUUCCGUCGUGGACUGAAAGAGGACGUUAGAGCUUUUGCCAAGACCGUCAACCUGCACAACGAUGCUCUGCAAGAUUUCAAUCUCGAUCUUUCGGUCAAAUUCUUCGGUUCGGAAUUGUUCUUCCUCAGUUCUGGUGAGAACGUACCCCAUACACCUGAGGAGUUCCUGGAUCAGCUGUUGGAAUGUUUCGAUAAGUUCCUGGAGGGUGCGAAAAAAUACGAUCGAGUAUUCGAGCAGCAUGCUUUGUUCUUGGACAGUGACUUAGUGUACCCAACUGCGGCCGGUCUUCCGCUGACUUUAUCCUACGAAGGAGCCGGAGUGGCACGCUUGGAAACAAGUCUGGAAGUUGACCUGAAGGCAAUCGCUAAGGACUACAAAAAUACCAAAUUCAAUGUCAAGUUGGUACCCAGCGCUAGCUACGAACUGACGGGAACGUUGAGUGUCGAUGCCUACACGGUCAGUACGGGUCUGCAGCUGUCGGGAUCAGCGCACACAGCCACUGGCAGUGCUGUCAGUUUCAGUCUGCUUGAUGACGCAAAGGCUUACGAUCUAACCAUCGAUUCACUGUUCAAGAAACAGGAGCUGUUCAACUUCAACAGUAAGCUGGUAUUUGUGACCCGUGAACGUGGAAACCAACUGAUCUCGGUUCCACUGAAAUUAAAUCAACAGGUCAAGGAGUUCAAGGAAUGCUUUGACAAUUUGUACCACAUCAUCGGUGUGACCGUUUGUGCUUCAGCCGGGCAAAAACAAAUACCCGGCAAAGCUCUGGUUCCAUUGGAUGGAGAGUACCAAGCUGAACUCUAUCUGGAAGUCGAUCCUAAGUAUCAUUUCUCGGGCAAAUACGAUGACUCGGAUAAGCAACAUCAGAGUUUACUGCUGACAUUUGAUACACCUGGAUCGGAUAAUAAGCGAUCGGCUAGUCUCAAGCUCGAAAGCUUCUUCAAGAAUGACGCCUACGUGAAGGCCACACUGGUAUCGCCCCUGCGAAACUUAGACGUGACCAUUGGUAUGAAUAAUAACGAAAAGGAAGCUGCCUUAUACGCCUUGGGUCACAACGGACCGGACGAGUACCUGGCCAAGGUCGGAUUCGAAAAGGCUGGUUCCUCUCAACGGCAAGAAUACAUUCCCAUCUUCACCAUCAGAACGCCUAGCGGGGAUGCUCAGGUGGCAAAACUUGUCCAAACGACGGGUAAAAUUGUAGUUGAAAAGGGUGACGGAGGUGCAACGAAGUACAGCCUGGAAAACAUCGAAUGGACAAGUCCCUAUGCUCCGAAAACGACGAUCAAUGGAGUGGUGAAUCAAAACGGCCCCAGCUUCGAUACCGAUUUGGCGGUCCUGGUAGGAACCAGCAAAAAUAACGUCAAGGGACACUUGGACUUCAGCCCGAAACACGUGAACUUCAACCUGGAGAAGAAAACAGAAGGCGAUGCUAACAAAGACUUCAAAGUGAAUGUGGAAGUUGCGUACUCGGACAAGUCGUUCAAGAAUGUAUUCAUUUUCGUAUCCGGUAAGGACUUCAACAAUCCAUCGAACCGAUACGAACUGAAUCAGAAUGCCGAAUUUGAGCUGGAGGACAAGAAACUGGUAUCGCUAUCACUGUCGAACAAACUUCAGCUGCCGAAGCAGUCGAUCCGUUUGGAUUUGGCAACCAACAAGAACCAAUUCAAGCUGGACGGUGAAUACGGUUACGAUAAGUACAAGGUUGCCGCUAACGUGGAUGCAAAAUACAACGAAAAAACCGCCGGCGAUUACGACGUCACGGUCGGUGCUUCGUUGAACAAACAUUUCUUCAAGUUCGUGUCGAAGCGUUCGAUCGAUGCCGCCAAGAGCAAGUUCCAGAACCGUUUGACAGCCAGCACCGGUACCAAGGUUGAGCUGAACGGAGUUGCAUCGAACAAGUUCAACGAACAGGAGGGAGAACUGAAUGUGGAAGGUCUGUUCGUAGCCGUCGAGAAAGCUGAUCCCUACAAGCUCACUUUGUCUGUUCAGCUAGCCCCCGCCAGCUUGCUUUCGAAUGCUAAGGUUCUGGUAGGCAAGAACGAAUUCGCUACGUACGACCUGAAGGUGGACCGGUCCGAAAACUCGAACGGCAAAUUCAAUUUCGUUGUCAAGGAUUUCCUCGACGGAAACGGCGAGUUCAAAGCCAAGGACGGCCAGGGUGAUGGCAGUGCUCUGAUCAACUUUGUGAAGCAAGAUCGCAAACUGAAGCUGGACUCGAAGUUCAAGAUCAACGCUCCCAUCUACGAUAUCGCCACCGACUUUUACUAUGACUUCGAAAAGGACAACAGCAAGAAGGUACAUUUCGACACCAAGAACAAGGUCACCAAGAGCAGCUUCGAUAGCAAAAACCAGCUGGAAGUUUUCACUGAAAAGUACGAAUUCAACGUCCAAGGCCAGCAAACGGGACAGCCCACCGAUGGAACGAUGAGUGGAAAGUUUUCGCUAACGCUACCGACGGGUCGUCAGCUGUCCGGAGAUAUCAAGCGUGAAUUGGAUGGAAAAGACGACAAGAAGACCACGGGUAGCAUUGUUUCGAACCUGGUGGAUAAAUUGCCCAACGGAAAACAGCAAUCGCUUGCACUAACUGGUAACUUGAAGGACGGAAACUUCAAGGCUCGUUUCUUCGACACGGUACACAACCUUAAGUACACCAACUUGGAAGGAAAGGACAUCGAUUUGGAGCUGACGGCAAAACAUCAACCGGUUGGACACUUCAAGAAUGCAGUCAUGCACGUGAAGGUGAAAGGGUCACUGAUACCGCAAGCCGGUGAGCUAGCUUUCGAUCUGGACGAAUACUGCGAGGUUCACGCGGUUUAUCGACUGGCUGGCAAAUACGGAUCGGACUUUGAUGGUUCAAUGAGUGGAAACUACCACGUUGGUAAACCAGGAAAGCCACAUUCCCAUGAAGUUAAGGGCAAACUUAACAUUCCGCAAGCUCCAAUAAAAACACUUGCACUAGAAUCCAAGGGAUCCUACCUGGAACCCGAUAGCGAAACCGGUCUGUAUGAACUGGAAUACGCUGGUUCGUUUGGCUACAGUGACAAGGUCGUAGCAGUAUCGACCAAUGCCAAGGGCAACAUCAACCACGGAACAGCCAACGUGAAAGUCAACCUACCUAACACGGAUCCGCUGUCAGCUGACAUGCAAUACAACUACGAAGGUAAAGAUGAUGGACCAAUCUCGACCAAGGGAACACUGCAAGUGAAAUACGGCAGUGGAAAAUCACUCGCCUUCAGCGGAGAAGCUAAGGCUGACGGUGUUGAUGAUGUUUCGGUGCACGCUACCCUGAAGUCCGAUAUCGAGCACGCCAAGAACGUUGAGCUAACCUUCAAGCAUGUCAAAUCGGCCGACAACGCCUUCAACACGAAACUGAAUCUGGUAGCCGAUGACAAAGCAUACAGCGUAGACAAUGCCGUAGUACUGUCCGAUACCAGCCCGUUGGUGGACUUCAACCUUGGAUAUCCGGGCAAAAAUGUCAAGCUGUAUGGAUCUUACAAACAACUCAGUGACCGUGCGUUUAAGGCAGAAACUAAGGUACUCAACUUCGGUGACUUCAAUUUGGACGCAAAUGUCGAGGUCAACAGUCAGAGUUACGAAACGUUCUACACUAAGCUUUAUAUCGAUGCUCCAAAGCUAAACGCCAAUAAAGUGAGCAUUGAAGUGAACUCGAAACCGGGAAGCAACGGAAAGGGUGUAGAAUUCAAGGGUUCAGAAAACGGCAAGAAUGUUCUCAGUGGGUCCUUCGAUUACACCGUUAAACAGCAAGGUAAAAGCACCAUCGUCGAAGGUCAAGGAAACAUCAAGCUCUACGACAGACAACAACAAAUCGCUACCCUUAAAAUGACGCGGGAAAAACUACAAGAUUCCGGAGACGCCUACACCGUGGCGUUCGCUUACGACAAAAUUAGCGCUGCUACGGAAUACCGUUUGAUACCCACCGAUUUCUAUCUGAAACACCAGUAUUGCGACAACAACAAGUGCGGCAAUUUGGAGGUCAAAUCCAAAUUAGAACGCACCGGGAACAAGUAUAACCACGAAGCUCUGGCCGUACUUGAUCUCACCCAAUUCGGUUACGCUUACGAGUUCGAUGUGGCGUCAAAGACCAGCGGCAAUGGUUUCGCUCUGGACCACACAACGGAUGUACAGCUGAAGGAGAAAAAACAACCCAAGUACCAGUACCAGCUGUAUCUGCAUCCGAACAGUGCCGGAUCAAGUCUGACUCUCCCAACCCGCUCCAUAGUCAUUGAAGGAGUUUUCAAAUAUCCACAAGAUAAAUUCGGUCAGUACGACAGUUCCGUUUCGAUUUACCUAGACAAGAAGAAUGCCCCGAACAACAAGGCCACCUUCGGUUUCACUGGUGAAACGAAACUGGUUGGAUCUGCGGGAGUUAGCGGUUCUGGUUCCUUGAAAUUCUCGCACCCAACCAUCAAAGAUCUCGUUGUGAGCGUAUCCGGAGUUUUGGAUGGUGAAAAACAAACCGUUGACAGCAAGCUGGAACUUGACUUGUUCAAGAACGCCAACGAUAAGAUAGUUGCCGUGGCUAAGUACGUCAACAGUGACCAAAGCUACAAGGGUUUCAACGUCAGCUCCGAAGUAAGCGUGGCAAGCAAGGGUCUUGGAUUUGACUGCGGUUUCAGUGGACACUCCGCCCUUUCUUUCGCUACCAAACAGCUCAGCUCCGCCGUUUCCAUCAAUCUACCUUUCGAAGACUUCCGAUUCGGAACGUAUUUGUUCGCUAGCCCAGAAGAGGUCGACUUCCUGCUGAACAAAUUCAAAGAUGAGUUAAUACGUGCGCAUGGUUCCUACGAUUCUAAGAAGAACAAAGCCGAGAUCACCGCAACCCUCAAACUGGUACCGAACCGUCCGAUCGUGCUACAGUCGAACAUCAAUGGAUUCUCAUCGGCCAAGUUCUCCCUGAACCAGGACAAAUUCUUCAACGUCGAUGGUGCGUUUGCAGUCGACAAAGCUGCCACCUUUAAGGUUGUUGGUCUGGAAAAGGAGCUACUCAAUGCCAAGAUUGCUCUCGACGCUACCCACUUCCUGUCAACCGAAUACCAAGUCAACGAAGCCAAUGCCAAGAGCUUCCUGCAGACGUUCAACAAGCAACUUCAGAGUGACCUAGAAUCCACCAAGGCUGAGUUUGAAAAGAAGUACACCCAAGUGUACGCGGAUCUGAGCAAAGUGUUCGAUAAUACGAUAGCGGCCCUGCCGGACGUGGGAAAAUUCCAGGCCGACUACAGCGAGCAGUUGAAGAAAGUACAAGAUGAUCUGUUGCAGGAUCCAACAAUCAAACAAUUCUUUGAUUUCAUCACCAAAAUUUACGCAGCCGUCAACGAAGUUGUCGGUCAACUAACCAAAAUAUUUGCCGAGAACUUCAAGAAAAUUUCUGCCAUCGUUACCGAUGUCAUUUCUCAGCUGACCGAGACGUACAACACAAAAAUACAACCAAUUCUGAAGGAUCUCAUGGGCAAGGCGGAAGCCGUUGUAUUCAAUGUGUAUGAAGAAACCGUAAAACUGGUGGUAGCUGUAUUCGAACGCACCGUCAAGGCAUUGAAGGCUUUCGAGGAAGAUUUCAACAAAAUUGCCAAGAACUUCUCGGAAAUGUUCAAGAGCUUCGCUCAGACGUUCAACAAAGCCAUCGCCACGUUGGAUAAGGAAUUCAAGGAGCUGUACAAGGCAAUCAAGGAAUACUUCGAUUCGUUUGAUGAAUUCAAGGCACUGAAGGAAACGUUCAAGGAAUACUUCGAUGGUUUGGAUCGAUACGCCUACCAACUGCUGAAGGAGUUGCUUACGUUAGCUGAAGAUCUGUAUCCAGUUCCCGAGAUCAAGACGUUCACUUCUUCCGUCAACAAUUACGUCACUGCGAAGCUGGAGAACAAACCGGUCAACGAUGUAGAAGAGCUGAAGCAAAUCUUUAUCAAUUUGAUGAAAGCCAUUAAUUUGCUGGUCGAUAAAUUCACUACCUCCGUAACCACUACGUUAGACGAGCCCGGAUUGGCCGGUGGUCUGCCGUCAUUCGUCACGUUCAAAUUUAUCCCAUACAUCAGCAGUGUACGGUUCAGCCCGCUGAACUAUCUACGAAACGAAAAGUUCCUCUCGGUACGUGAUUUCCUGUAUCAAUUCCGUCCGUACGCCUGGAAUCCGCUUGCCGUUCUGCCACCCUUCACCAUGCACGGAGAAAUUGCCGACGGUAGCCAUUUCUUCACCUUCGAUGGACGUCACUUCACAUUCGCGGGAAGCUGUCAGUACAUCCUGGCUUCCGAUUUCGUGGACGGAAACUUCAGCCUCGUAGCCAACGUCGAAAAUGGAAAGCUAAAAUCGGUCGCUCUGAUCGAUAAGGAUGUGCUCGAGCUCAACGAUAAGGGAGUGGUGACACUAAACGGCAAAGCCGCGGAUCUUCCGCUGCACAAGAAUGACAUCCACGCAUGGAGACGUUACUACACCGUCAAUCUGUUGACCACCUAUGGAGCUAACGUCAUGUGUACCACUGAUCUGAAAGUGUGCCACUUUACCGUAUCCGGAUAUUAUCUAGGCAAAGUACAGGGUCUACUCGGAAAUGGUAACAACGAACCGUACGAUGAUUUCACGCUUCCGAACGGAAAGGUUUCCGAGAGUUCAACGGAAUUCGCUAACAGCUAUAAGACCGGAAAGGCGUGUGCUGCGGUGGCCGCUGACGAUCACGUCUCGCAUGAACACAGCAGCCCGGUAUGCGCAAAACUGUUCAGUAGUGACAGUUCGUUGCGGUACUGCUACUUCUUCAAAGAUCAGACCAACUUCCGGGAAGCUUGCGAACAUGCCGUUCAUGGUGCCCAAAACGCAGAGGAGGCUGCUUGUAAUAUUGCCUUCGCCUACGCAUCCGCAUGCCGGCUGGAGCUAAUCCCCGUAGAUGUGCCCGCACAGUGUCAAAAGUGUUCCGUUAGCGGGAAGAGCAUCGACGUCGGCGACCAAUUCAGCGUUAAGUCACCCCAGAAGCAGGCCGACGUUGUUCUGGUAGUGGAUACCUCGAUCGGUUCUUUGCUGGGCGAGUUGGUCCAGGCAACUAUCAACGAUUUGCGCAAGGAACUGAAAUCCAGCGGAAUUGCAGAUGUGCACGUGGUAGUACUGGGAUAUAACCGCAACCAGAAGUAUGUAAGCUUGUUCACUAGCGGAGGCAGUUUGGACUUCACAGGAAAACUGGGACAGGUGGACGUCAGUGGACCGGAGAACUGCAAACCCUUGGUAACCGGUCACGAAAAGAUCGACGGUUUCCUGAAGACGCUUCACGAACUAGCCGAAACGGCUGCUGAAGAUGUUGGCGCUACCUCGGAUGCUCGUGCAUUCCUCGAGGCUCUGCAGUAUCCGUUCCGAGCGACUGCCAGUAAAUCGAUUGUUCUCGUUCACUCCGAUGACUCCGAGAAGGUACCCGAUCCGGCCCGUGCUAUUAAGUCACUUCUAGCUACACUGGAUCUGAAGUCGAAGGGCGUUGGGCUACAUGUGAUCACACCGGUUAAGAGUUUGGGCAUUAGUAACAGCAAGGAUCAGAAGAAGGUGAAAGAAAUUGUUGGUUUCAACGCGAAACAAGGUUUCACUCUGGCCGACAGCAAGAAACGCACAAACAUUGGAUCAACGGAACUGAAGAACAACCUGAAGUACGAGACGGAUUUGCUGAUCGAUAUGGUACAGAAGAACGACGGAUACGUGUUUGUGCUGCAGAACUUCAGUGGACUGAAGCAACCCAAGGAUAAGAAAUCAUUCGUAGCAGUAGUGGCUUCUGCUCUCGGUGAUUCCAUUUCCCGGACAGAAGUACACAGCGAUUGCGUGUGCAAACAGCGACAUGGUCUGCAUGCGGAGGAAUCGUGUGAAGCUAAGGAAACCAAAUUCCUACCACCAGGAAAAAAAGCGGGCGGAGCUAAAGGAUAAGGAGCGCACUACCAACACCUGCUAGGGGAGAGAUGACUUCCAGCCAUAUUUAUUAUACCAAAAAGCAUCUUCGACUAGGAAAAAUGUUUCAUCACAGUUCCAUUGACAGUCAAGUCCUAGUGUUUUAUUUCUCGUAUUGUAGUACUUCACUAAAGCACGAAACGAAAUAAAUGCAAUACAGUUUUAUAAUUAAAAA